AUAAGUGCAGUUUACAACUAUAAAGAAUAUUUUACGUUACUUAUUUGUCAUUAUAUUAUAUCUUUAAGUUUCACAUUGUAUGUUAUUUUGACUAUAGCGGGAAAUAUCACGUCUGACAGGUUUGAGAAGAAACAUUUAGUAUACAAAAUGUCAUCUAAAAAGGAUAAUAAUGCAGAUGAAGAUACAAGUAACAUAGUCAAAAUUUUAAUAGCAACCGAUAUCCAUCUAGGUUUUGAAUAUAACAAAAAGAGAGGACAAGAAUCAGAUGAUAGUUUUACAACAUUUGAAGAAAUACUUCAGUAUGGUAAAGAAUAUGAGGUAGACUUCAUACUUCUUGGUGGAGAUUUAUUUCAUGAUACCAAACCAUCGCAAACUACAAUAUUAAAAUGUAUGGAAUUAUUAAGAAAGUAUUGUUUAGGAUCCAGGGAGAUUAAAAUUCAAUUCUUAAGUGAUCCAGAAGUUGUAUUCAAUCAUUGUACUUAUAAAACUGUAAACUAUGAAGAUCCAAAUUUAAAUGUCGAUAUGCCAGUAUUUUCUAUUCAUGGAAAUCAUGAUGACCCAAGCUUUGGAACUGUUGGAUCAAUGGAUUUAUUAUCAGUGUCUGGUUUAAUAAAUUAUUUUGGAAAAUGGACAGAUCUUACUCAAAUAACCAUUCCUCCUUUAAUUCUGAAAAAGGGUGAAACCCACAUUGCACUUUAUGGUUUAAGUUACAUAAAUGAUCAAAGAUUAUCUCGAUUGUUUAGAGAUUUCAAAGUGGACAUGUUACGUCCAACAGAAAUAUCAGAUUGUUUCAAUAUAUUUGUUUUACAUCAGAAUCGGUCACCAUAUAGUGAAUAUGGAUAUAUCCCACAACAUAAACUACCAAGUUUUCUUAAUUUUAUUAUAUGGGGCCAUGAACAUGAAUGUCGUAUUACUCCAGAAUUUAUUCCAGAAGCUGAGUAUUUUAUUUCACAACCAGGAAGUUCUAUUGCCACCUCCUUAUGUGAAAGUGAAGCAAAACCCAAAUAUAUUGGUAUUUUAAGUGUAAAUAAGUCAAAAUUUAAAAUUACAAAGUUAAAAUUACAGACUGUUAGGCCAUUUGUUUUUAACAACCUAGUUAUUCAAGAUGAGGAAAUACCAAAAAAUUAUACUGAACAACUUUCUGAAUCUGUAUAUAAUUUUGUUGAUAAUUAUAUACAAAAUGUAAUUAUGCCUCAAGCUGCCACACUAUUAUCUGGCCACCCUAAACAACCUAUUUUGCCUCUGAUACGUUUAAGAAUAUUUUAUAGCUGUGAUGAAGAAAUGUUUGAUGAAAUGAAAUUAGCACAAAAGUAUUGUGAUGAGAUUGCUAAUCCCAUGGACAUGAUUAUAUUUCGUAAACAAAAAAUUCUCAACAAACAGUCAAAGUCAAACAAUCCAAACUUUAGUGAUGAUCUUCAAAAUAUGGCACAAAUUCUUUGUUAUGACGAUGAUGACAGGAAUUGGAACAAAACUGUACAAGGAGGAGUAAAAAAGUACUUCAGUUUAAAGGAAAAUAAGGAUAAAUUAACAGUAUUAACUGUUAAUGGUCUAAAUGAAGCAUUAAAUCGAUUUGUAGACAGAGGUGACACAGAUGCUUUUAAGGAUAUUGUAAAUCAUCAAAUGAAGAAAACUAUUGCACAUUUGGAAACUUGUGAUAUUGAUACUACUGAAUCUAUUUGCAAUGCAAUUAGAAAUUUUAGAGAUAUAAGAAUGGAAGAUGAGCAAGAAGAUAUAAUGAUGCUACAAACAUCGUCUAACAGUACAAAAAAUAGAGGAGAGGAAAGUUUUCAGAGUGACAUGGAUGAAAAUGAAGAUGAAGAAAGAAAUAUGUCUAGACCUAAAAGAGGUAGAGGAACAGGUCAAGGUUCGCGAGGAACUGGCCGUGGAAGAGCUAAACUAAAAACAAAAAUUUCUCCUGGCCCAAGUACACCAGCUCUAACUAAAGUUCUGCAUGUAAAGAAGUCAAGAAAGAAACAAGAUCAAAAUUAUAUGGGAUCAUCGUAUAAAACUAAACAAAGCGGAGCUAAUGAUAUCAUUCUGGAGGAUUCUGAUUAA